AUGGGCUCCCAAGGAAACGAUGUGAUUGAUCUCUUUCGAGGCCACCCAGACCCGAGCUUACUGCCGAUGAGCGCGAUAGCUAAGGCCUCCGCGACGGUCAUGGCGACGCCCGACGUCCGCGCGCAAGCCAUGCUAUACGGGCCCGACGAAGGCUAUGGGCCGUUGCGACAGCACAUCGCACGCUGGCUGACGGAUUUCUACCAUCCCCGGGACCCUAUCCCUGCCGACCGCAUCUGUAUCACGGGCGGUGCGAGCCAGAACCUGGCGUGCAUCUUGCAAGUCCUCACCGAUCCCGUCUAUACGCGCAAUGUCUGGAUGGUGGCGCCCACGUACUUCCUGGCAUGUCGCAUGAUGGACGACGCCGGAUUCGCGGGUCGGAUGCGAGGCGUCCCCGAAGACGAGUCGGGCGUGGAUCUGACCUACCUCCGGCGGGAACUGGUGGCGGCUGAGGAGAAAGCGGAGGCCGAGGGAAAUACUGAGCCGACUCACAAACCGGCCCGACCAUGGGGAAAGAUCUACAAACACAUCAUCUAUGCCGUACCCACCUUCUCCAAUCCGUCAACCCUGACCAUGUCGCUUUCGGACCGCGAGAAUCUGGUCCGGCUCGCUCGGGAGUUUGACGCCCUGAUCAUCACAGACGACGUUUAUGAUUUCCUGCAAUGGUCGUCGGACCCGAAGAAAUCUCUCGCUCACCCGGAUAAAGCCCGACUUCCGCGGAUCGUCGACGUGGACCGGUACCUAGACGGCGGGCCUCAGGAUGAAUUCGGCAACGCAGUAAGCAAUGGCAGUUUCAGCAAGCUCAUCGGCCCCGGGACACGAACCGGAUGGGCGGAAAGUACGGAGAAAGUUGCAUGGGGGAUCUCUCAAGCAGGCUCGAGUCGAUCUGGCGGCGCACCGUCCCACCUCACAGCCACAAUUAUCGACCAGCUCUUCCCCACGGGGACCUUCCCCCGGUUUCUCGAGGAGUCGCUCAAACCGAGCUACGCAAGGCGAUACUAUCGGCUGAUGGGGGCCAUCCGAGAACACCUGCUGCCCCUCGGUGUCACGCUGCCCACCACGCCGGAGGUAGCAGGAGGGUACUUCAUCUGGGUGCAGCUGCCCGCUCCGUUGCGGGCGAGUGAGCUGGCGCCCGUCGCACUGCAGGAGCAAAAGGUGAAGGUGGCCACCGGUAAUUUGUUCCAGGUGCAGGGCGACCCGUCAGCCGGCCCGGACGAUUUCAAUCGAGGGGUGCGUCUGUGUUUUUCAUGGGAGCACGAGGACAGGUUGGAGGAGGGGGUGCGUCGGCUGGCCUGCGCGGUGCGCAACGCUUUAUCAUAG